UGAGGCCUGUCCAGCACAAACCACAUCGACCAAAACAAGAAGCGUUCAUGUACGCAAUGGUGACGUCACUUCUGCGGUACCGGACAGGGCUGAGUCUCUGCAGGAUCAUCCGACCAGACCUGACACUCCUUUUCAUCAUCACACACGCAUCCGAACACGCAACACUUGCUUGUUGUGUUAAUAACAACACAGACUGGUCAGGAGCAUCAUGGGUAACGUGCAGCCCACCAUCGUCCCAUUUGAGGACUUUGAUACGACAACGGACAUAAAGGCUAUUAGACAAGCGUGCAAAGGUUUAGGCACCGAUGAGGAGGCCAUUAUUCAAAUACUGGCCAAUCGCUCUGCAGCGCAACGUCUGGAGAUCAAGCAGGCUUAUUUUGAAAAGUAUGAUGAUUUGGAGGAGGUCCUGAAAAAGGAGCUGACUGGUAACUUGGAGAGCGCCAUCGUGGCCAUGUUGGACCCCCCCAGCGUGUACUUCGCCAAGGAGCUGAGGAAGGCCAUGAAGGGGGCGGGCACGGACGAAGCGGUGCUGGUUGAGAUCCUGUGCACGGCUGCCAAUGAGGACGUCAUUGCCUACAAGGAGGCCUACGCCCAGGUGCACGAACGUGACCUGGAGGCCGAUGUAGAGGAUGACACCAGUGGAGAUGUGAGGAACCUUCUCAUCUCUCUGUUGCAGGCCAGCAGAGACGAGGGCUACGAGGUGGACGAGGGUUUGGCCGAACAGGACGCCACGUCUUUGUUUGAGGCUGGAGAAGGCACGUUUGGCACGGACGAGUCCACCUUCAGCCACAUCUUGGCACACAGGAACUACAUGCAGCUUCAGGCCACUUUUAAGGCCUAUGAGGCGCUUUCAGGGACAGAUAUUUUGGAUACAAUUGACUCAGAGGCCACAGGAACUCUAAAGGACUGUUACGUCACUCUAGUAAGGUGUGCCAAGAACCCCCAGCUUUACUUCGCCCGGCGUCUUAACGCUGCUAUGAAAGGACUCGGUACGGAUGAGGACACUCUCAUCCGCAUCAUUGUGGGUCGCUCUGAGAUCGACCUGGAGACGGUGAAGGACAUGUACCUGGAGAAGUACGACGUCACCCUAAAAGACGCCCUGGAUUCGGAGUGCGGCGGCGACUUCAAGCGUCUCCUGCUGGAGAUCUUGCACUGAAACACUUUUCUUCUUUCCUGGCCUUAUUUAUCCUCCUCUCUACCUCCUGCAAGCACUCCAUCAAUGUAUUUCACUACUUACUCGCUAUCCUUGCUGUCAUGUACUCCUAAUUAGGUGUCUGUCCACUAUGUCUCUAAUGUCUCUGCAGCAUGGACCAAAAAGCAAAAUGUUAACUGCCGUUGAGAGUUUUUCCAAGAUGAUUCUAUUCAGUGGAAACUUUCUUACUGCCGUAGUUCUGUGUAAACGCAUACACAUACUGUACAUGCAGUCACUGGCUUUUAGCAUGCAAACUCACUCAUACAUAAUUGCAUUUCUCCUCCAGUUGGCAUUUCAGACACAUGGCAUUGCUUCACUGUUUUGCUGUUUGAUCCUUUCAUUUGAUUUGCCUCAAAGAUGCCUUUCCUAUACUGUAGUAUGCAAAUGAUUUACAGCUGCAACACUCAACACGUAAGUGCCGAAAGACCAUCGUCAUACCAGACAAUUACUGUAAUCAGACUGUUUUAAUGUGUGGGGGUUUUUAACGACACUUACCAAACUGUAUUGUUUUGGUCAUGGAUUCACUGUACUGGACAAACGGCUGCUCACACGUCGCAGUUAUCACGCUUAUGUAACAGUGGAGAUGACGUGUGCAUUUAGGACAGUUUGCUUGUACGAGGCUUGAAUGUUGCUGAAAGCCCACUGAUGUUUUUUUUUUUUUUUCAUGUAACAAUUGUGUGCUUUGUAAAGCUAAGAUGAUAGUGGCUGCUGUAAUAGACUCAUUUAAUGGACUACUAGACUACAUAAAGACUACAUAUUGAUGCAAGAAGUGCUAUACACAUGCAAAGAAAAUAAAAACUUAAUAGCUGAAGGGA